AUCUCUUUCAUUUUAGCUGCUGAUGUCUUGUUAUGGAAGAGGUGACAUGUUUCUUUUGGUGUCAUUGUUGUUUCCACUGUUGCUUGGAUUCUUUUCGAGCGAUCUGGAUUAUCGUUCUUAACGAUCUGUUCAGACGUUUUGCUGAUUUUGGUCGUCCUAUUAUUUCUUCGUGCUAACUACUCUGCUUUUAGAAACAAACAACUACACUCAUUGCCGGAGCUAGAACUGUCAGAGGAAAUGGUUAACAAUGCCGCAGCAUCGUUUCGUGUGAAAAUCAACAAUGUGCUGCUUAUGGCUCAUGAUAUCGCUCUCGGCAAGGAUUUUAGACUUUUCUUCAAGGUGGUGGUCUAUUUGUGGCUCUUGUCAGUCAUUGGCAGCUUCUUCUCUUUCUUUCGAAUUUUUUAUCUUGGAACCAUCUUAUUGAUCACAAUACCGUCCUUGUACAACAAAUAUGAUGAACCUGUGGAUAGGUAUUAUGGGAUGAUCCAAAAACAGUUCUCUAAGCACUACAAAAUAGUGGAUGAGAGUGUCUUCAGCAGACUGCCACGCAAUUUGUCCAAGGAUAAAGAUUCAUAG